AUGGCAGACGUCAUCGGAGAACCAUCCGGAUUGCAGCCCGAAAGCGCUCCCGUUCAGAAACAACCCCGCCGUCGCUUCAUCGGAAAAAGAGCUGCCGCAGAACUACACAAGGCGAAAGCUGCUGCUUCAAAUCCUUCGACUUCCACCGACGACAUCCAAGUCGAGGAUUCUGUCGCCAUUCAGGUGAAACCCCGCCGUCCCGCAGGUACCACUCGCAACCAAAUCCCAGAUUCAAUCCUCCAAAACCCCUCUCUGAACGCCGCCAUCUCCCUCCUCCCCUCGAACUACAACUUCGAAAUUCACAAAACAAUCCACAAUAUCCAAAAAGCAUGUGCCACACGUGUAGCCCUCCAACUCCCAGAGGGUCUUCAAAUGUUCGCCUGUACCUUAUCCGACAUAAUCACCCAGUUCACCUCAGCAGAAGUACUUAUCAUGGGUGAUGUGACAUACGGUGCAUGCUGUAUAGACGAUUAUACAGCCAGAGCAUUGGGAUGUGAUUUCUUGGUGCAUUAUGCUCAUAGUUGUCUUAUUCCUUCGGAUGUUAAUAGGAUUAAGACGUUAUACGUCUUUGUCAGUAUUGAUAUCGAUGCUAAGCAUUUUAUUGCUACCAUGGCGAGGAAUUUCACAUCAGGGAAACAUAUUGCCGUCGUGGGGACGAUACAGUUUAAUGCUACAAUUCACGGUGUGAAAACCGAAUUGGAAGAAACGGCUGGUAUUAAAAUAUCCGUUCCUCAGAUACUACCUCUAUCCAAGGGCGAGAUUCUGGGUUGCACGGCACCCAAGUUAUCGAAUCAAAGGAAAAAAGACGGUACAAUGGUCGAAGGAGUCGAUGCGGUUGUAUACCUCGGAGACGGAAGAUUCCAUCUAGAAAGUGUGAUGAUUCAAAACCCUUCCUUACCGGCAUAUAGAUACGACCCAUACUCUCGAAAAUUCACGAGAGAAGAAUACGACCAUCAAGAAAUGCAAACACUACGAUUGACCGCAAUAAAACAAGCAAAGACUGCUAAAAAAUGGGGGCUCAUAUUGGGUACUUUGGGAAGACAGGGGAAUCCUAAUACGUUAUCGAAUUUGGAGGAUAGAUUGAAGGAAUUGGGGGUUGAGUAUGUUUUGUUAUUGUUGUCGGAGAUUUUUCCGGGGAAAUUGGCGAUGUUUGGGGAUGUGGAGGCUUGGGUGCAGGUUGCUUGUCCCAGGUUGAGUAUCGAUUGGGGGUAUGCUUUCCCCAGACCGCUGUUGAGUCCCUAUGAGGCCUGGGUGGCGUUGGGGAGGAGGGAAGAGUGGACGAAGGAAGGGGAUGGGAGUUAUCCGAUGGAUUUCUAUGGGAAGGAUGGGCUGGGGAGGAGUAAGCGGUACACCCAGUGA